CGAAGUUCAUAUUUCAAAUAUUCUCCAUAGAUUGUGGAACAUCAAGAACACAUCGAUCAACAUGUCAAAGUACUUGAAUGAAGAAUCAAUCACACCUGAAAAAACGCCAAGAAAAGAAGAGGAAGUAGAGGACACCGUUCAGACCAAUCUUGACACUGAACUAUUGUCGGCAUUUGACCCAAUAAAAAGGAUGAAUCAUGGGUUUAAGCACUUCAAGAUUCACGAAUUCAACAAGCAUCCUGAUUAUUACCGUAAACUAGCAGAGAAACAAGAACCAAAGUUUCUAAUAUUUGCUUGUUCGGACUCACGAGUUUCCCCUACUAACAUCCUGAACCUACGACCCGGGGAAGCUUUCAUGGCUCGUAAUAUUGCCAACUUGGUUCCUGAGUUUAAUAAGCUUAAGCACGCCGGAGUUGGCGCAAUCAUUGAAUAUGCAAUCUUAGCUCUCAAGGUUGAGGUUAUCGUGGUGAUUGGGCACAGUCGAUGUGGUGGAAUCACUCGACUAAUAUCACUUCCCGACGAUGAAACAUCUUAUGACUUCAUAGACGAUUGGGUUAGCAUCGGUGAGCCUGCGAAAGCAAAGGUGAUUGCUGAGCAUCCCGGAGCAUCAGGCGAAGAGCUUCAAACACUGGUUGAAAAGGAGUCGGUGAGGAACUCGCUACGAAAUUUGCUAUCAUACCCUUACGUUGAAUCUGGCAUAGCAAAUAAUACACUUAAACUAUUGGGCAGAUACUAUGAUUUUGUUCGUGGAGAAUUUCAAAAACUUGACGAUGAUGAUGAUAUCAAACCAACAACCAACAUACAAGAGAGUGAUUAAGUUCAUGGGAUUAACAGUAUUAUCUUUCGGUUCUUCAUGUUCCGUUUGAUAUAAGCUACCUUGUUUGUAAGCCAAUAAUAAGCACAAUACAUGUGCAGUUGAAUAAACUCGUCUUCUGUUACAAUGAAUUAUGGCGUGUGUUUUUUGUUCAAGGUGACGUGGUCUAUGUAAUUCUCUUGUAUCAUUGUUAUAUAUUCAAAAAGAUUAUCAUCGUUAAAUAUUCAAUAA